AUGGCGUCGCUUCACUUUACGUUUCUUUUCAUUGGAUUUAUUGCAGUCAGUUUGAGACAUGUUCGCGCAUUCACGGCAGAGGAGGUCGAAGCGAUAAAGUUAGGACUGCGCCCACUCAUAGCUGAGUGUGCUAAAGAAUUCGACAUCGACAUGGAGGAAAUAAAAAAGGCGAGGGAAUCUAAUAACAUGGAAUCCCUAGACCCCUGCUUGUUCGCUUGUUUUGGCAAGAAAAUUGGUGUGAUUAACGGCAAAGGCGAUUUCGACACAGAAAAGGCUACGGGAUUGGCCAAAACGUUCGUUAAAGACGAAGAGGAACUGAAAAAGGCAUUGGAAACGGUUGAGAAAUGCAGUUCAGUUAAUGAAGAAACUUCCAGCGACGACAAAGGCUGUGGGAAAGCCCUGCUUCUUUACAAAUGCUUUUCUUCGUACAAAGAACAGCUUGGUUUCUCGCGU